GCGUCCCACCGACAGGAAUCCAUUCCCUUCCUUGACAAUUCCUGGGUAGCCGCUAUCCAGAACAAGAGCCUAACUACCCCCGGCACCGUGAACAUUUUGUCCGCUCCAACCAAACGACGUCUCUUGGGCACUGAAACACUGUCUCCUAAUGGUUUUCUCCCCUUGCCAAGCGAAGAUUUGACCUCUGGUUAGCACCACGAUGCGCUGGAGCCCCUCAAACGCGAGCAGCUUUCGAGGUCGUACUAUCCGAGCCCCGAACGACAGUACUAUGGCCGUGGUCUGGCUGAACAGAAGAAACAUUUGUCCAAGUCCGCCGACUUUCAUAUUCUAAACAAAGUAAAGGACCAGAAAACACCCACGGAGGAACCAAAAAAACGUGCUUCCAUCGACGCUGUAUUAGAGGAAUACUCCGAGCAUGCUCGCAUGUAA